GUUAUCGUUCCUUGCCUGCAAACAGCAAGAGUUAUCGUUCCUUGUCUGCAAACAGCAAGAGUUAUCGAACUCUACCUGCUUACAUUAAGAGUUGUCGUUCGUUAAAUUCCAACAUCACUCUUACAUCCAUAAUGUUCACUGGUCUUGAAUUGCUCAUUCUUGCAUCUGUCCUCCCCUGUUCUAACCAUAGUCACGUUGCUGCUGCUCAAAAGUGGGAUGGACUGAAAGUCACGUGGGGCCCGACACUUGACCCCCCGUUCUUUGACUCGAUGCCACGAACUGAGUCGGAGGCCAAGCGAAUGGGCUUCAAGAAGAUCGGCUCGUGCAACCCUCAAGCCAAAUGGCGGGGAUCACGUUACGUGAAAGACGACGACUACGCCGUGACACUUCUGUAUGACGUGGCAGGCCACAUCGCUGGCAUCCAGACCUCGGUGCCAAAACAUCUUCCCAACGGUUUCCCGUGGAAAGAAAUCCAGCCUCCUUUUAUUGAAGACGGCAGGCGCUUCGUGAGCACAGUGUACUUCGUUAAUCCAGCUAUCAUCUGUAAACGAGGCAGAAGUCGCGCCCAGUUCCAGAACGAGGGUACUGGCACCGUUCUGUACAUACAGAACAGUUCCGUCCCUGAGGACAGCGUCAGGGUGCCGGACAGGGAGGUGGACAUUCAGGGGACGGAGUGGACCAAGGGAAUGUGUUUCCCCAGGAGGAUGGGGCAGCACUACUCCUACAGAACCUCGCUAAACAUGAAAUGUGAGGAGUUAUUUCCCAUGUGUGUCAUCUACAACAAAGGACAACUCAACGCUUUUGGCUGGGCCUUGCAGAACGAUCUCCCUUCGCCCCGCUAUGAACACCCAGUUCAGGCGACGUUCGCGCUGUUCAUGAACCCAGUCCCCAAAUGUCUUUACUCGGCUGGGACACUGUCCAUCUUCCACGUCUUCAUGACGUCAGACGUCAGUGCUAAUACGUGUUAAAAUACAGAUACGUCAUACAUUGCU